CCACCGCUUUUCGCUCCUCUUCUUCUUCGUUCGAUCGUCGUCGUCGUCGUCCCCCUCUCUACGCAUUAUACAGGACAAACUCCUUCCUUUCUUUUUGUUGUCCAACAUGUCGUCUGCUUCCAUGGUGGAAGACGCGGCUGGCGUUGCUGCUCCACAGCUCGCUCUUUCAGGAACAGGCGUCAAUGCUGCACCAACCACGGAUGCGCCGUUCUACCUGCUCGGGCGCCGAAAAGUGGAAGAGACGCUCACCGCUGCGACCAACCUGCUCGAGCACCACGGAUUACAAGACUUGCUUGAUCAAGCUCAGGCCAUGUCCAAGGAAACGGUCGCAUUGCAGCUCUCCGCUGCCAUCCCUCAUCUUCCAGGAAACGAGAUCGGUCGGGCCGCACCCGAAGAGCGCCUGCAAUCCAUCAUCGAUCGACCGCCAAUCAUGGGCAAAGCGUUAGUCCCCAUCUCUGAAGGAACGCUUCGACGUGCAUUCACUCUUCAGCCCGGCACGAUUGAUAACGUGCCCUUUCUUCGAGAAACAGAACGCGUCAGGCAACAACCCCCACCCAUCGUUCAAAAGCACAAGCUCGAUGAUGCACAGGAGGAAACGGAAGAAGAGCGCGCGCGCCGCAAGCGUGAAAAGAAGGACAAGAAAGACAAGAAGGACAAAUCUGAUAAGAAGGACAAGAAGGAAAAGAAGGACAAGUCCGAGAAGAAGGAAAAGAAGGAAAAGAAAGAGAAAAAGGAAAAGAAGGAAAAGUCUGACAAGCGAGAUAGCUAGCUUGAAGGGAGCUGGAACGACACUGAGCAUCCGCUUUUUGGUUGCCCUUACGAGGAUCACCUCCCUCAACCGAACACUGAACGUCAGCCACAAUUCAAUCACAGUAAUGACGAAAUAAUAAACCUGCCAGGCA